AUGUCGCAGUUGCGUGUUCUAGUGUUGCGGUCCAACAAAUUCUAUGGUCCCUGGGCAAAAACCAACUUCACAAUGUUACGCAUUAUUGAUAUAUCCUCAAAUAAUUUUUCAGGCACUCUAUCCAAAGAAUACUUCUCAAGUUGGAAGGCCGUGAUGGUAAACCAAGAAGAAGUAGAAUGGAUCUACCAUGAUCAGACAUUAGGAUAUAAGGAUUUCGAAGACAACUAUCACCCCGACACAGUGACAGUUACAAGCAAAGGACUGGAUAUGGAUCUGAUGAAGAUUCUUACGGUUUUUACGAGCAUUGACUUGUCGAAUAAUUCAUUUGAAGGAAAGAUACCAGAAGUCAUUGGGAAUCUUAGGUUACUUCAUGUUCUCAAUUUCUCAGGAAAUGCUUUUACAGGUCCAAUUCCGUCAACUAUUGGGAAUAUCACGCAGCUUGAGUCAUUAGACUUCUGUCAGAACAAGCUAACCGGAGAAAUCCCAUCAAAUUAG